AUACAAUACACUAACACGAGAAAAGAUUAAAAACUUUGACGCAAAAUGUCACACAAACUUCAAAACCGAUCAAAAUUUGUCCCAUCCAAUUUUUUAUGUUAAGCCAAACAAUACAUUUAUUUAUUGCUAUCGUAAACAUAGAAACGGCAAUGUGUAAUUUUUGUUUAACAGAAAAACAAUUUGUCACUUAGGAGAGUUAUGAGUAAACCAGACAAGAGGGAUUUCGAAGAGAGAUACGCCGCUUGCUUCGUUGAUUUCGCUGUCAAAACUACGGUAGGAUUGUUAAUCGGCAGCAUGAUGGGCAGCUUCUUCCUACGCAGUUACCGCAGGUGGCCUAUGUUCAUUGGUGGUGGGCUCGGCUUUGGCAUGGCGUACACCAAUUGCGAGCACAGCCUCAACGACUUCCUCCUCUCAAUGGACCCUAAAGCUUGCGUCAUCAAGAAACAACCUUGA